AUGACGACAAAGAAUCCCAGAGCCAGAUUGUCGGUGAGAAAAGAAAGAGUCUUCAAGAAACCUUCUUCUACUUUGUGCAAGGCACGAGCGGCGACAAUUCUCAAGAAAUCGUUCGAGCUCUCGGAGCUAUGCGGAGUCGAAGUGUGCACCAUCUGCUUCGAUCGUGAAGGGAACCUCGUGUGGCCUGAGAAGGAAGAAGCCAAGGUUACAGCCAUGGCGGAGCGAUACAGCACGUUAAGCGAACAAGAAAAAAACAAGAAAAGCAACAAUUUUUCGGGGUUUCUUAACAAGAAGAUGAUCCGAGACAAGGAGGAAUCUAUGAGAAGAAACGAUAACAGGUUUUCUCAGAAAGUGUUGGAGUUUGAAGAUUCCUUGCAGAGUCGGUUACAGACAUUCAAAGAAAGUCUUGUUGAUCAACGUCCCCAGGAGACUCCUCUUGAUCUAUCCACCGCCACGUCGAGUAAGUUUUCGCUUCUUUUGUAUAACCAUGACAAUGGCACUUUCACUCAGUUGGCCAAUUCAGCCUCUCUUCCAAGCUUUGAACAACCGAUUAAUCAAGAUUACUUGGAUUCGUUUCUUGGGGAGCAAGGAAACAACUUUGAUCUACCUCCGAUGAUUUUCCAACAGUUUGAUAAUGAGUUUAUGCAGCAGACGCAAUUGGCGUAUAAUCAGAUACCAUCUUAUGGAAUGAUGCUCUCUUAG